UUGUCAGUCAUGGCUUCCCCCAGCAGUGUCCUGUGUGAAGAUCAGCUCCAGUGCUCCAUCUGUCUGGAUGUGUUCACUGAUCCAGUCUCUACUCCAUGUGGACACAACUUCUGUAUGAUCUGUCUCAAACAGUACUGGGACAGCAGUUCACACUCCCAGUGUCCAGUGUGUAAAAAAGAUUUUCUCAAAAGACCUGAAUUACAUGUAAAUACUUUCAUCUCGGGACUGGCUGCUCUAUUUAAGAAGCAACUACUCCCUAAGCCUAAGAAGGUCCUGUGUGACUCCUGCACUGAGGAAAAGCUGGAGGCUGUAAAGUCCUGUCUCCGCUGUGGAGUUUCUUUCUGCAACGCUCAUCUGAUGAUCCAUAAAUCUACACCUAAACUCAUGGGGCACAAACUGAUGGAGCCUGUUGAGAACCUGGAGGACUACAUCUGUCAGAAACAUGAGAGACCCAUGGAGCUGUUCUGUAGAGACUGCCAGAUGUGUGUUUGUCAGUUCUGUACUGAAGGAGACCACAAAACUCACAACACUGUUCCUGUAGUAGUGGAGAGUGCAAAGAAUAAGACUGGGCUGUUGCCAAUGCAAUCAGAAGUUCAGGAGAUGAUCCAAGACCGACUACGGAAAAUUAGGGAAAUCAAAUAUUCAGUAGCACUUGAUGAAAAGAUCACAGAGAAAGCAGAUGUUGUGGAGAUUUUCAGUGCUCUGAUGCGCUGCAUUGAGAGAAGCCAGGCUGAGCUGUUUACAGUGAUGGAGGAGAAGCAGAAAGCAGCAGAGAGGCAGGCUGAAAAGUUCAUUAAAGAUCUGGAGCAGGAAAUCACUGAGCUAAAGAGGAGAAACACUGAGCUGGAGCAGCUCUCAAAAGCCGAAGAUCACAUCUACUUCCUAAAGAUUUAUCCAUCUCUCUGUAUCCUACCACACACCCAGGACUGGUUAGAUUUUAGAAUUAACAGUCAUCUAAGCGUGGUGACUCAGAUUAGAAUAAAGCUUCAGGAGAUGUUCAGUAUGGAAGUGUGCAGGAUUAAUCCCAUGAAACUAAAAGAAUUUCAACAAUAUGCAGUGGAUGUGACACUGAAUCCUGAUACGGCAAAUCCAUUUCUUAUCGUGUCUGAUGGUGGGAAACAGGUUACACGUGGAAACGAUCGACAGAAUCUCCCUGAUAACCCAGAGAGGUUUGAUCGAUGUGUUUGUGUUUUAGGAAAGGAAGGAUUCUCCUCAGGGAGAUUUUAUUAUGAGGUGCAGGUCAGAGGUAAUACUGAGUGGGAUUUAGGAGUGGCCAGAGGGACGGCUAAUAGGAAGGGGGAGAUCAUAGCCUGUCCUGAAAAUGGAUACUGGUGCUUAAGUCUGAGAAAUAAAACAGAACUUUCAGCUUGUGACUCUCCUCAUGUUCCUCUAUCCUUGAAUCAGGCUCCUCAGAAGGUUGGGGUGUUUGUGGAUUAUGAGAAGGGUCUGGUCUCAUUUAAUGAUGUUGAGGCUAUGUCUCAUAUCUACUCUUUUACAAGUCAGAAUUUUAUGGAGAAACUCUAUCCAGUCUUCAGCCUCUGCCUUAAUCAUGAUAGUAAAUACUCAGCGCCAUUGAUCAUCUGUCGUGUGAACCAGCCUUAACUCUUCUACGGUGUUCUGGAUAAAUCUGACCGAUUUACAUGUUUUCUAUCUAUUAAAGUAAAGUAAAUUUCAUCCAUUUCUCAAUGGGUUCAAUGACAUUGUUCGCACAUGGCAUUUGAACACAUAAAACAAAUUAGAAAUAUUUUUUAUUAAAAAAAUGUGCAUUUUAGGUGACUUGUAUUCACUCAUGGUGUUCCCGGUUUACCACAGUUGUUAAAAACCAAAACAGCAGCAUUGUUUCAAUCAUAAAACUUUCUUGCAGCUCUAGGAUAUAAAGAAUUCUGAUGCCUUACUGAAUGUUUAGUCUUUGGCAGCACGAUAUACCGCACAUGAAGCUAUGAAAUUAUAUUUGAGAAUGACAGUGAUGAGGAGGUUGAGAGUGAGGAGGGUUUAGAGGAGGAAGAGUCAGAGGUUAAAGAUGGCACAAAGUAUAACCCAGAGGAGACAUUCUGUCACACUGAUAAGGAAAAAGACCCAGCUGAGCCUAGUGUGGUCUCCUUUUUCUCCAAAUAUGCAACCAAACCCUAACACUAACCUGUGGAACAUCUUGUUUUCAACUUUUCCUCACAGACAGCAUUGUAUCCAUUGUUAUGAAGAUGACAAACCUUGGGUGGAGAACAUGUGUGUUGAUUUUGUAUGGUGUCUACAGAUCCUGAAAUAAAUCUGCAUCCAGCCUAUGUGAUGUGAACACUGGUCGGGGAAUUUUUUACACUACAAUGUCUUUCCAGACCUUCCAUAUAUUCUGUCACCUGUGGUUUGCUUUGAUAAGCACCACACAAGAGCAUCCGAAGUCAAUGAGAUAAGCUGGUAUCAGGGAAGUUCAGCAGGAGUGGGUGGAGAACAUGCAAGUAUACACAGGCAAACUGGUUUAUGGUGUUCCUGAGAAAAAUCAGGAGAAGGGAAGGGUGGUCUUAGAAAUGACAGCAGGGCUACUUUAAAAGUGUAAACAUGUUCAUACAGUGUAUGGGUUCAGCAUUAUAUUUGUAAUAUAGUUAACUAUUCUCUCUGUAUAUUUGGGAUUUUGUUUUCAAUGAAUAAAUCAUUUUAGUCAGUUUGAUUUGACCAGUUGUUAUUUUGUGCUACAGUUUAAAAAUGUAAGUUUUUCAAAAAAGUGACUUUGGUAAACAUUUUAGUGAAGUGUGAUAAAAUUGUGUGAUAGUACAAUAGGUUUCAUUUUAGUAUUUUUAAAAGUCAAAAUAAUAUUUAUAUAAUACAUUUUACCCAAAAACAAUGGGUGGUAUGAGCUUAUGUAAAUAAGGCCUGCAGGACAUACAAAGCAAAUACAGUUCGAAACACAUAAUGCUCACAGUACAUGUACAGUAUGUAUUAUUGUACAUUUAUAAUGAAAUAAAAUUAUCCUGGUCAAAAGUGCCUCAAAACAUGAGUGUGAGCCAAAAACAAACACAACAGGAGGGGUGAAAAUAUUUGCCAGAUUGAAAUAUUUGUUAAGAUUUAUAGGUGUCAAAUGCCUUAAACAACAUAAAUCCAUUAACCAUUUUAUUUACUGUAUAGUUCUUGUAAAAGAAAUCAUUUGAAUGGGACAGCUAUUUAUUUAUUAAUGACUCUUAUGUUGUAUGUAAAAGCAUAUUUGGAUGCUGAGUGUAUUUCUAAUGGUUUUAGCUGAACUGAAUUGUAAACCAAUUGAUGUAAUCAUGUUUUUUUUUGUUGUUUCUGUUCCUUAAAGAAAAAAAAUAAGUAUUUGCUAUUCGAUGGUCCGAGUCACUUCUGCUCAUUUCAUUUACUUAAGAAACUAUCUGAAUCAUUUACAAUAAAAUGAUGCAAUGUAAUCCAAUCCACACAAUAAAGGAAAAAAUGUCUUUUAAUUUUUUUUAUUUAACAUAA